CCCGGGCGGGGUUUGUCAAAAGGGUCCAGGCGAGGUGUUGAUGACUUGUUAUAAACAUUUUUGUUUAACGUUUUGAUUGAGAUUAGAGAUUUUCUCAGGUCCUGUUGCAGUCAUGGCCAAACGCAGAAUAACACAGGAGACUUUUGACACAGUGGUCAGUGAAAACAUUGAGGAGUUUGAAAUGGAGGGAAAUGAAGCUUUGCAAGAGGCCAUCGAACAGUUUGAAUCUCAAGGUGUGGACCUCAGCAACAUUGUGAAGGAAGUGCCAAAAGUGUCUUCUGAAGAAAACGCAGAAGACCAAACUCACAAGGUUCUUCAGGCUUUAGAGUCACUCAAAUCUGCAGUGUCGUCGUCCACAUCCGUACUGGAGGAUCUGCGAGUGUUCACAGAGCAGUGCUCUCUCGACUUCGCUCGGAGAUACCUGGCGGCUCAAAAGGAGGCGUAUCCCACGAUCCUCACCUGCUGCCAGAGAGCCGGAGAGGAGAAGGAGUUGCUCUCGGUUGCGCUUGCCGCUCUGUCCGUGCUAACCGACGGCCAGCCGGACCUCCUGGACGUGGAAGGACGAGAGUUUUUGAUCGGUGCUUUAACGACGCACCAGUCGGACCCCGCUCUCACCUGCCAGUGCAUCCGUAUCGUUCGACACUUCUGUCUGAAACAUGAGAAUAACAGGCAGGCUUUUGUGAAGGCUGGUGCUUUGGCACUGCUCACCGGGAGCAUCACACGCCACAUUGAACAUCAUGAGGUCGUGAGGGAGGCCUGUGUCGCGCUGAGGGUCAUGACCUUUGACGACGAUGUGCGUGUGCCUUUUGGACAGGCUCAUGAACAUGCUAAGAUGAUCGUGUUGGAGCAGAACGGACUGAAAGUUAUCGUUGAAGCUGCUAAAGCCCACCCAGAGAACACGGCAGUGCUCAGUGAACUCUGUGCCACUCUCUCUCGUCUCGCUGUCAGAAAUGAGUUCUGUCAGGACAUCGUAGAGCUCGGAGGCUUGAAAUUCAUGAUAACACUCCUGGCUGACAGCUUAGAUUGUCAGGAGCUUGUGAAGCAGGUGCUCAGUGCAUUGAAGGCCAUCGCCGGAAAUGACGAUGUCAAAGAUGCCAUUGUCAAUAUGGGUGGGGCAGAACUGAUUGUCAUGGCGAUGAACCGACACAUGGCCAAUGCACAGGUGUGUGAACAGGGAUGUGCGGCACUGUGUGUACUCGCUCUACGUAAACCCAAUAACUGCAAAGUCAUCAUGGAGUGUGGGGGAGCGCUGGCGGCAAUGCAGGCCAUGAAGAAUCAUCCAGCUGAAGUCAAUGUGCAGAAACAGUCGUGUAUGUUGUUGAGGAACCUGGUCGCUCGCACACGUGACUUCACUCAGGCGAUACUAGAAAUGGGAGCCGAGGCGCUGAUAUCUAAGGCUCUAUCCACUCACAGGGACUGUGGCGAUGUGGGACGGGCCGCCCUACGAGAUCUCGGCUGCCAGGUUGAACUGCGAGAACUCUGGACGGGCAAGAAGGGAAGCCUGAGUCACUGAAUGAACUAUGAUGGCAAAUCUCUGCUUCAUCCAUGAAUUCACUAUUGAAUCAUAUGACGGCAUGACUUAACAAUGGAGGUCAUGCAAUUAAACAUCUCUUUCCAGUAGUAUUGAAGUACAUCUGCUGUCUGACUGUGUGCAUAUGAUGCAUUACAAGUUACAGUGUAUAUAUCUUUUAAUUCUUAGUUAGUAAAUAUUUUGUU